AUGGCGCUCUCACCAGUCGUAACACACACCGUUGAAGCGACGCAACCGCAAAGCCUCGGGCGCGCAAUCUCUUCGCCUCUAAAGAACGUCACUUCGCAAACAUCUUCCUCCAAUGGAACGCCUAUGCCUCCUGUCACUUCAGCGCCUGCGCCGACGAGUAUUCCUACGACUCUCGAUCUUGCAGAGCAGAUGAACGAUGAGGAGAAGCGCAAAUACGUCAAGGGCAAGAAGCUCGGUGAGGGUACAUACGCCGUUGUCUUCCUAGGUCACUUGCGCUCGAAGCCCACCACUCUCGUCGCCAUCAAGAAGAUCAAGGUCCAGAAGGAAUACGAUGAGGGCAUGGCCCCCGACGCCGUCCGCGAAUUGAAGCACCUCCAGGAGCUCUCCCACCCAAACAUCAUCUCUCUCCUUUCCGUAUUCUCCUCAAAAGAUCAGAACCUCAACCUCGUCCUCGAGUACCUUCCCCGUGGCGAUCUAGAAAUGCUUAUUCGCGAUACCGAAUCCGUGCGCUACGGUGCCGCUGAUAUCAAGACAUGGAUGGGCAUGCUCACCCGUGCCGUCUGGUUCUGCCACGAAAACUUUGUUCUCCAUCGUGAUAUCAAGCCAAACAACUUGUUGAUCGCUGAGGACGGCGAAGUCAAGCUUGCUGAUUUUGGUCUUGCGCGAAGCUUCGCUGAUCCUCAUCAACUCAUGUCCUCGCGCGUUAUCACCCGCUGGUAUCGACCUCCUGAGUUGCUUUUCGACGCGAAGCAUUACAGCGGUGCUGUUGAUGUCUGGUCUGUUGGCACUGUGUUCGCUGAGCUCAUUAUGCGCGCGCCCUAUCUUCCCGGUAACACAGACCUUGACCAAGUUCGACUUGUCUGUGAACUUGUCGGCACGCCCACCGAUGAUAACUGGCCUGGUGUCACGAAACUUCCAGGCUAUGCUGUUCCUGGGCAACACCCGGUUCGUGGUAAGGACUGGUAUGAGAUGCGCUUCGGUACUGUUGGUUCUGACGGUGUGGACCUGCUAAUGAAGACACUUAUUCUCGACCCCAAGAAGCGCAUCACUGCUCGUGGUAUGCUUGAGCAUCCAUGGUGGCAUUCUGAGCCUAAGCCUACUCGCAAGCAAGAUCUGCCUCGAAAGGGUGGCGCAGGGGCUGAUGACAAGAUGGGCGCUGAUCUAAAGCGAAGGCCAGGCGUGAUUGAUGAUGACAGGGGCUCCAAAGUUGCACGCAAGCUUGAUUUUGGCGGCAUGAAAUAG